GCGCCAGCCAACACGGCAAGCAAUAACCGUUCCUGCAAAAUCGAACACAGGAACACAAUAAUAACGACCGGCCGCAGUCGUUCCACGUCGUCGUCCCCAGCAACGUACAGUGUCCGGCGGCCUCCGCUCGCGGGGGUUGCUCUCCUGGAGCAUAGCCCGCCAGCAUGGAGCUGAGCCUGCUGAGAAGCCGUGCCUUUGCUCCAUCCCCAUCCACGAAGCUCCGGCACCGCAGCCGGCUUCCCUCCGGACCAUUUUCCCCGCCGCCUAGCCAACAAGACACGCUCCGGAGCAGGGCAUUGCGGCCGCGGCAGGAGUGGGUGGGGAGCUGGGUCCGGAGCAACGACACGCUCGUCCGCGGCCUGCCGAUCCUCGUCGGCGGCGUAUCCCUCCUCGCCGUCCUCCUCAACCGCGCACUCUCCGGCAUCGCCGCCGUCGCCGACGCCUCCAGUUCGCAGUCCAGGGCAGACAUACUGACUCUCGCGCUCUCUGUCACUGAUAUUCUUGCCGGCCUUGUCUGGCUGUCCAUCCGCCCGAAAUCCAUUUCUCCGGUGGCUCCUCAAGGUGUCGAGUGUAAGAGAGUUGUUCCAGGUGUAUCAAGUCCUGCUCUUCAUGAACUACUUUGGACAUGGGAUUCCCUUACGGCUGCAACUUGCUGCAAAUCCUUGGUUGUUGUGUACGGAGGUAAUUGCAUUCUUCAGAUUGGGGUUGCCGCUGGCUCUCCUGAAGAUGAUAUUGCAGUUACCGUUGAUGCACAGAAGUUCACCCAAGGUUCCCUUUACACAAGCGCCAUCGAAUCCAAGAAGCAAUCUUAUCUAGCAAAUCUUGCUCUAUACCCUGGAAGGUCUGAGUUGCCAUUUUUACCAGCUAACACACAGGCUCUAAUUUUGCAGCCAAUUGGUGAUAACGGAAUUGCAAUUAUUGGUGGUGACACUAUAAGGGGGUUCACUAAUCUUGAUCAGGCAUGGAUUGCAAUGAUUGCAGACAAGUUGGAUGCCACAUUGUCAAAAUCUUAAAUCUUGCAUCAACUUGUUGAAUAUUCAAUUAAGUGCCAAUUUGUCUCUCCACUGGACAUGCCAUCUUUACCGGAACCAAGAAAGCUUCAAGGUACCUGUGGAUUGUGGAACCUGAAACCACAGAAAAAAUCUUGUAUAGUCAAACAGCACAGUGCUAGGAAUAGGCGAAUUUCUGAAACCGAGCAAGAAUUGGGCCUGGCUAAAGCUUAACAGCAUUAUUUGAUUACAGGAACAGCUGCUGCUCUUAGCUAAAAAGUUUGUUGUUAGUUGAUCGGCUAAAGAGACAUGGAAGACCCACAAUGGUUGGCUCCUCCAUGUUGCAUUCUGAUGAACUGAUCCUUUUAAAGUUUCUGAAAUCAUAUGUAAAUGAGGGUGCGUUGGAUGCUUUCGAAUGCAUGUAAAGGGUAUAUUGACGCCUAGUGAUGUUCCGUCACAGGUUUUUGCUCCCGUCUGUACUUCGUUCGAUGUAUAUGCAAUUUA